GAUAAAGAAAGCAAGACAGGAGGUGAGUUUGUGAAGGAAGGCAGAAAGUUGAAGGAGCAGAAGAAGAAGAAGAAGAGAAGGUGGUACCGCCUCCAACUCUCUCUCUCUCUCUAUCUAUAUUCAUCAUCUUAGACACUCAUCCAUCUCCCUAACAGCCAUCAAACCCCAUUAAUAUUUCACACCCUGAAAUGUCUCUCUGAGUCCAAAGACUGCACCUUUUUGUGUCGGGUGAAUCUGGGUGUUUCGAUUUCCUUUCACUUCAGAUGAGGAGGGGCAGAGGAGGAGCCACUGCCGCAGCUACUGCGGCGGCGGAGGUUGACGGAUCCGGUGCGAGGAACGUUUUAAAGGAGCCUCGUUACCGUGGCGUGAGAAAGAGACCAUGGGGGAGAUUCGCAGCAGAGAUCAGAGACCCUUUGAAGAAAGCGAGGGUUUGGUUAGGAACCUUCGAUUCCGCGGAGGAAGCUGCUAGAGCCUACGACGCAGCCGCUAGGAGUCUCCGAGGUCCCAAAGCUAAAACAAAUUUCCCUCUCUCACCCUUCUGUUACCAUCAUCCAACCACCGAUCCCUUCUUCUACAACGGUUUUCAAGACCAACACAGCAACCUUCAUAACAUUAACAACCCUCAGAGACCCACCUCUAGCGGCAUGAGUAGCACCGUCGAGUCCUUCAGUGGGCCCCGCCCUCACUCCGUUAAGCCUCCUUCUGCGACGCCGUUUUUGACUGCCACUCGCAGGUACCCUCGGACACCCCCUGUUGUUCCCGAAGAUUGCCACAGCGACUGUGACUCCUCCUCCUCCGUAUUAGACGACAGAGAUAAUAACAUUGUUUCGUCGUCGUUUCGGCCCCCCUUGCCUUUCGAUCUCAAUGCGCUGCCUUUUGAUGAUGACGAUGCUCGUGCCGAUGUUAACGAUAACGAUCUUCGAUGCACCGCGCUUUGCCUCUGAUGCUGCUCCUAGCGCAAAUUAUUUUUAAUUUCUUAUUUUUUUACCCUUCUCCACUUGAUUUUUUGUUAUUUUUUUUCUUGCCAUGCGGAAAAAAAAUUAAAAUGAUGAUGAUGAUGAUGAUCAGAUGUAAGAUUAUGGUAAUAUGAUCUUAAUUCUGUGAGAGGAUGAUUCCGAGCUUUUCGUUUCUUUUUUUAAUUUUAUCUAAAAGGAAAUAUUAAAGUUAGAAAAAAAAUGGAGGAAGUAAUUAUGAUCUGAUUGUUGAAGGAUGUGUUUAUGGAUAUGGAAGGGGUUUGUUGUGGGUAUCUAAUGUUGGUUUGGGUUGCUUACUCUCUAAUUCUCACGGAUACUCUUCUCUGUGUCUAUGUAUAAUACUAGUUAACAAACAAAUUCAGUGUUGUUCUAACCUUGUUAG